UGUGGGGCUAUGGUUAAACUUUUAUUUAGGGGCUGGCUUUACAUUCUGCCUUGUAGCUAAGUGCACGUGAAAAAGGAAAAGGAGGGAACGGGAGUGAAGAGGUGGGGAGUUCCCCUGGAGACGGAAUAAAUACAGGCAGCCUCCGCUAGAGCAGACAUUCACAUCACAGGAUACUAUCAGCGUUCAGUAGCGAGACAAGCGGUGACAUUUUGUAUCUGCGACAUUAGACCAGGAAGAGCUGCGAGAGGUGCCAUGUCAGUCACGGUUAAAGCUUACCUACUGGGGAAGGAAGAAUGUCACAAGGAGAUCCGCCGCUUCCCCUUGGAGCUGCCCGGGGGGAAAGGCAAAGUCGGCCCCAAAGUCAGCUGUGAAAUGCUGUCCAGGAAGGUGACAGAGGUUUUCCAGGGCCUCAGACAGGCUUCGUUUCAGAUGUUCUACAGAGACGAAGAGGGAGAUUUGGUUGCCUUUUCAACCGAUGAGGAACUGAAUAUGGCUCUUGACAUGCUGUCCGAAGAUGUCUUCCGUAUCUAUAUUAAAGAGAGGAAAGAUUGCAGGCGUGAACAUCGCUCACACUGUGCCCAGGAUAACAUGCAGAACAUGGUGCAUCCCAACGUGACCUGUGACGGAUGUGAAGGUCCUGUUGUGGGGAACAGGUUCAAGUGUUUGAUUUGCCCAGACUAUGACCUGUGCAGUGCCUGCGAGGGGAAAGGGAUCCACAAGGAACACAAUAUGAUCAUGUUCCCAAAUCCUGUGGGUUUUCCCCACCGUGGUCGCUGGUUCCGUAAAAUGCACCAUGGAGUGCCCCCGCAUGCCUGGAUGCAUGGUUGGGGGUACCCUGCAGGAGGAUUUAACUGCCAUGGCUUUGAAAAGCCUCAGAACCCUUCUGCAACCCCAAACACAACAGCUCCCGAUGAAGCUGCCCCUGCCGGUACAUCACAACCAUCCCAAGAUCCCAAUGUCACCUUUCUGAAGACUGUUGGAGAGAGUGUUGCUGCUAUGCUGGGCCCUCUAGGUAUAGAUGUGGAUAUUGAUGUUGAACAUGGUGGAAAGCGAAGCAAAGUCUCAACUUCAGAGCCUGGUGCUGAGGAUGUAAACGCUCCGCAAAAUAGUGCAACAUUCCAGAAUACGCCAAACAAUGAACAAGAUUGUUCAAUGGAGACAGAUCAGAUUGCUCUACGGAUGAAAAAUAUAGCUUUGAAAUCACCUUUGCCACCAGACAACGAACAGGCGGAGAACAGUAGCAGCACAUCAGGAGGUGAAGAUGACUGGACUCAUGUCUCUCCCAAAGAAGUUGACCCAUCCACUGGUGAGCUGCAGUCAUUACAAGGCAAUGACACCAAUCAGCCCAGUCCCUUAGACCCAGCAAAAGCAUCCACUUCAUCCACACAUACAGGGCUGAGAGAAGCGGCAAUAUAUCCACAUCUCCCAGCAGAAGCAGAUCCACGCCUCAUAGAGUCCCUCUCACAGAUGCUGUCUAUGGGUUUCACUGAUGAUGGCGGGUGGCUCACUCGGCUGUUGGAAGCGAAACAGUUCGAUAUCUGCGCUGCUCUGGAUACCAUGCAGUCUGUGCGGCAUAUUCCUCGUCCUUAGCAUUCACACAUCUUACAAAACACUAUCUGCACUUUGUGUUCUUGCUUUUACAUUGGCAAAAUAAUUGAUGUAGAAUGAGUAAACUAUACGCUACUGGGGCCUUUGCAGGGAAAUAAACACCAUGAUGAUCCCCCCCUAAUUGGCAAACAACGCAACAAAUAAAUAUAGACAGAGACUCCUAUAUUUAGUUCAUGAUUAACUGCCUGUUGUAGUAGCAACAUUAUACAUGUUUUCAAAACAAAACCAUAUUUUACUGUUGUGGCAAGAACAAGAUUUGUUCCUUUUUAAUUCUAGAAUAACCAGUUGGAUUUUUUUAUUAAUAUAAAAAAAGAAUGUUAGGAGUCAUUCCUGUGGCCCCUGGACAACAUAGCAUUUUCACAUCUAUAGAAGCAAGAUUGACCUAUAUCGCUUUCUUUUUGCAGUUAUAAAUGAUAAUCUGUAUGUCAAUGUUUCUUGAUAUAUUUUGACAAACUUUGUACGUCUUAAAUGUUACUGUAUUAAACUAUAUGUAAAGCAUCAUAA